CACACAGUCACGUCAGUUUCGUUUAACCAGGAGCAGUAUUGUGCAUUCUGGUCGUGGAGGAGACGUCAGCAUGGGAGAGAAGCUCAUUCACGCGGUCUCGAAAUACCCCAUCAUUUAUAACCCAUCUUUAAAAUCAUACAGCGAUUUUAACAAAAAAAAUGAGGCAUGGAAGCAAAUUGCCGAAACUGUCGGACUGCCAGUGGAUAAGUGCAGGAAAAAAUGGAGAGGUUUCUGUGAUGUUUAUGUGAGCGAAAGGAGACAGGAGAAGAACAAGAAGAAGAAGAAAAAAAGUGGAGCAGCUGCCACCCAGAAACGCCCUUGGCGGCACUAUCACAAGAUGUCUUUCCUCCUUCCAUUCCUAUCUUCUCUGCCUACGGCUGGAAACAUGGAAGAGGAGAGAGGAGAAGAGAGAAGAGAUGAGGAGAAAAGAGCUGAGGAAAGACAAGGUCAAGAAAAGAGGAGGAUGGAUAGUCUGGUAGAGGACUGUACUGGAGAUAAGGAGAGCAGAAAGAGGAAGAGCUCAAACUUUACCCAGCCACAAAAAAGCUGCAAAAGAGUAGAGGCCUCAUCAGUGUCCUCUUUCGAAAAGAAAAGUGUUGAAGCUGUAGAAACCUCCAGCUGUCCCACCCCUGCUGUAUCAGCUGAUCCUGACUUGCAGUUUCUGCAAAGUUUGCUGCCAGCCCUGAAGAGGUUUGAUAUCCAAACCAAGGCACUCGUCAAGCUGAAAAUGCACGAGCUCAUUUUUGAAGCAGAGUUUAAACAUUCACCAGGACCUCAUUUUUGAUUUUCCAUGUUUAUUCUUUUAAACACAUACUCACAUACACACACACCUUCAAAACCCAUACUUAUGUUAAUUUCUUACUCAGGUCCUGUUAUGGUAUUAAUGCUCAUAUUCUGGCAUGUUCACUGACACACACUACCCACACAUUAAAAACAUA